UUGUUUUGUAAAAUCUUUUCAAAAGAAAACUAUUCAGUGCUCUAUUUGUGACAUGGCCAGAAGUCAUCCAAGCGCAACCACCAUGACAAAGCUAAUUCUAUUUGCAGGUCUCUGUCUUUCCUUUGGCAGUUUGGUCUCAUCUUCCAGACUGGUGUGUUAUUUCACUAACUGGUCCCAAUACCGGCCUGGCAAUGGGAAGUUUAUGCCACUAAAUAUUGAUCCAAACCUGUGUACCCACCUGAUCUAUGCCUUUUCUGGUAUUAAUGAGGCAAAUGAGUUGGUCACCAUAGAAUGGAAUGAUGAUGAACUCUACAAAUCCUUUAAUGGACUCAAACAGAGGAAUCCAAAUUUAAAAACCCUGCUAGCAGUCGGUGGCUGGAACUUUGGAACACAAAAAUUCACCACAAUGGUGUCGACUCAAGCCAAAAGAAAUGCAUUUAUCCAAUCUUCUAUCAAACUACUGAGAAAAUACAGUUUUGAUGGACUAGACCUAGAUUGGGAAUACCCCGCUGCUAGAGGAAGUCCUCUGGAGGACAAGCAGAGAUUCACAGCGUUAUGCAAGGAACUCCUAGAGGCCUAUGAGGCUGAAGGAACUGCAACCGGUCAGUCCAGACUAAUGAUCUCUGCUGCUGUGGCUGCUGGGAAAGGAACCAUUGAUGCUGGUUUUGAAAUUGCAGAGAUGGCCAAGUAUCUGGACUUUAUCAAUGUGAUGACUUAUGACUUUCAUGGCACCUGGGAGAGUGUGACAGGACAUCACAGCCCCUUGUACAAGGGAUCGCAGGACACCGGGGACCAUGUUUACUUAAAUACUGACUUUGCCAUGAGGUAUUGGCGGGACAAGGGAACACCUGUAGAAAAGCUAAAUAUGGGCUUUGCUACAUACGGGAGAACAUUUCAUCUAUCUACUCCAUCCAGUGAGGUUGGCGCACCAGCCAGUGGUGGUGCUGCUGGUGGUUUUACAAGGGAGGUUGGCUUCUGGUCAUAUUAUGAGAUUUGCACUUUUCUUCAAGGGGCCAGUGUCCACUUGAUUGAUGAACAGAAAGUUCCAUAUGCCAUCAAACAAAAUGAGUGGGUUGGAUAUGACAACAAAGAAAGUUUUGAGACUAAGGUCCGUUAUCUAAAAGACAACAGAUUUGGAGGAGCUUUUGUCUGGGCUCUGGAUCUGGAUGACUUUAAGGGAGAGUUCUGUGGACAGGGAAACUACCCCCUCAUCGGGUAUCUCUCCUCUCUUUUAGCUUCAGAUCUUCCUCCCCUUCCCACUACAGAAACGAUUCCAAAUCCAGUGACCCUGUCUACAAACAAAGAUCCAACUCCUACCACACCUAGUUUCAGACCUACAACUCAUACUUCAUCCAAAAGCCCAGACAACUUCUGUGCAACAAAAACUGGCGGGGUUUAUGCCAACCCUGACGACCCAGGUUCCUUUUACAAUUGUGCCAAUGGCAUUACCUGGAUCCAAAACUGCUCUGCUAACUUGGUCUUUCGCGAGAGCUGCAAAUGCUGUGACUGGCCCUAAAAGCUUUCACAUUUUUACAUUCCACGAGUUCUUGUAUCUCUAGUUAUGAAUACAGUACAAGUUAUUGUCUUAAUUUCAUGAGUGUUUUUGAGUUAAGUUCAUCUAACAACGGAAUUUGUAUGGGGUUUUUUUUUUUUUUUUUUUUUUUUUUUUGCAAGUGAUAUUGGUUACCUUUAAAAUUGCCUGUUAGCGGUUUUUCCUAAACUUCUACUUAAACCUUACCUAAUGUAUUAAACACAAUGGUAAUCUUUAUAAAAGCAUCCAUUGUUUAUUUAAAGGGACAGUGCACAUUAAUGAACAUCAAUGAUGGCAACAUGCCAUAUUUAGUCAGGCUAUUUUUCAUCUGUAGUCCCAGUCAGUACAAGUCAAUAUAAAAUAAACAUAACAAUAGAGUACACCACAAUAUACAAAAGUCAUGUUACAGUAUACAGGUCAUGAAUUAUGAUCAGCUUCUAGGUGUCUUUCUAAUAUACUGUUACACUAAUCGUCUAAAAUAGAUACUAUUAUAAAAAGGUUAACAAACGUCAUCUGAAGCCUGAACUAUCACAUUUCACCUGAUCUGACAUGUUGAAAUGUGACCUACAAUAAAAUGCCAUAAGAUUGAUUUAUUGUAAUUUAGUUUUUUUUAAUGCAAGGCACCACAUGGAACUGUCUAAAAAUAGUCUAAAUAACUUCCAGUGGAUAUGAAAAACUAAAACACAAAAUGUUUGCAUGCAUUUUGUAAAUUACAUCUUUUAACAUCUAUGAACCUGCCUAAAGCUUUGUCAGGCACUUCACAAAUUCAAAUGUUUCAGUGCACUGCACUCAUUAGUUUAAAUUAUGUUACAACUUGGUAGCACUCUGGACAUCUGCCUUUUUACUUUUGUGGAUUAUUAAAGCACAGGUUUGUGGAAUAUGAAUUAUUGAUGGAAUUAAAACAGCAGAGGCCCAAAGCA